AUGUCGAAGCUCUUGUUCCAAAAUGUUAUGGCACUCGCUCCACUGCCGACAAUUUCGAGCCAAACAACAACCAACGGCACAGUCAAACGGUAUAUGAGUCUUUGGCCGGCCUGGGUCCCUGGCUCAGAGCUCGUUGGUGGUGAAGGUCGCGGUUCUAAGGCAGAUCCACGACCUGCGUAUGGAGGGCACGUGUAUGCGCAAGCACCGCUCGCCGCGUGUCGAGCAAUUCAAGAGGAAGAGUCCGCCGGGUCUGAAUCUCAAACUGGCGGGUUUGGUCUUCAUAGCAUACAAGGUUGCUUUUCGGCAGCAGCCAAGGCAAACAGACCUUUUGUGUAUGAAGUUUCUAGUCUCUCAACCAGUCCCACCUUUUGUUCCCGGUUAGUGACAGUGCGACAACCCAAAAGACCAAGCAAGCAUCUCGAUAAGGACGACUUUAUUCUUGAGGAUGCAGAGGGUGAACUUGGUGACGUAUGCUUCAGCUGUAUAUGCACCUUCAAGCGACCAGAGGAGGGUCGAGUCAGCUCGCAAGAAGUACCACCGCAAGAGCGUUUCGCCCAUACUCUUAGGACUAGAUCGCCAGAGGACUGGCCUGGGGCUCCCGCAGUCGAUGUGGAAGAAAUCAAGGCCAUGUUCCCAGGCAUCACUGGACAUUUUCCUAUCGUGGACAUGCAUAAGGUUGAUUUGACGGCCUGGAAUGAAGGGAAGCCGGUAACUGAAAGAAGAGAACUGCUCUUCUACCGUCUAAGGGGACCACUACCGGCUGAUGAUCCGAACCCGCAUGUUCUCGUACACGCCUAUGAGUCGGAUCGAAAUGGAUUGCUGAUGAUUGGAAAUCAUGUCGGCGUUGGGUGGAGCUUGGGAUUAGCAGCUAGCUUGACUUACACCUUUGUCGUUCAUACCAAUGUUGACCAGGCGGUAAUGAAGGAUCCAACGGGAUCUGAAGAUGGAUGGUGGAUACAAGAAGUCUCAUUUCCUCGUACUGGCCAGGGGCGAGGAGCCCUCAUGUGUAAGAUGUGGAGUCCAUCUGGUGUUCAUGUAGCCACGGGCUACCAAGAUGGUAUCGUCAGAGAGAGGAGAACCGAGGAGAAGGAGAAGUUGUAA